AUGGCUCAGACCUCUCCGCCGGCCGUUCCUGUACUGAGGAGGACGGUAAAGGAUCUACCUGAGGAGGAAAAGCCUGCUAGAGGACAACUGGGACCGAGCCGACUGGAGACCAUCCCAGAGAGACCACAGCCACGGGAGAUGCAGAAGCAGGAAGAGGAAGAGGAGAUGCCUCUUUUUGGGCUCAAGGCGCCGGUAUGGCCAGAAGGGUAUCAUCCACCCACGAAGAAGAUACCGAGUGGUACGGUAACCUGCCUUUACACAUGGCCUCGUAUGAAGCUUGGAAAGGCGGUCGCUCAAUUCGUCGGGUUCACUCGCCAGUUGCUGCCUUGUGACGGUGACUACUCUCGCCUGCCCUCAUCAGGGAUGCUGUGGAAGACCCGUCCUCUCGAGCCGGUGGGUAUUGCUCUUAUAUCACUCCAGGCUUCUGCAAACGACAAGGAGGAGGAUACGUAUGUGAAUUAUUGGGGGCAGAAGAUGGUUGUGAAGGUAGCUGUGCUGAAGGCUGAGAAGGUGGAUAAGGCCUGGGUAGCUGCAUUGGAGAAGUCGAGAAGUUGCCAUACGAUAGCCGAUGAGAAAGUCCAGGAGAUGGAAUUGGCCAUUCCGGCCCAUAUCGAACUUGUUCAGAAAGGCCUUUUCAAGGGACUGGACGGAUCACAGGUGCGAGGAGACAGAACGAACUUCCCUCUUUUCAACGAUUACCUUAGCCAUCUCGAGCGCUACGGUCGGGGUGGGAGAAUUAAAGAUCCCUUCCGAGACUCCCGGCCCACUGAUGAUCGACAUGAGCGCUAUAACAAUAGCAUGCCCUCAGUCCUGGUGAGGUCUGAUAACGCUGCGGAGACGGCGCUGUUCGAGGAACGGGCGAGGCUAUGGGAUGCCUUGUCGAAGUGUGAUAUUGACGAGACCAUCACAGAGAGGUUCUCAUGUGUUCUUUGCAAGAAUGGUUGCCAAGGUCUCGGCCAGUUGGUGGAGCAUGUGACGUCAAAGGCGCAUACUAGUACGGCGGUCCUCUUCCAUAGUAGGGAUGCGGUCAUGACCUUGCCCAUCAAUGGCACUAAGGAUAAGGUUGUUAAGUUUGACGUGAAGGACUUGAGACACUGGAUUGAGAGCGCUCCGGGAAGUGGGGAAGCGACUGUGGCGGCCGGCGGUCGAGAGGUGGUAGAUGCAACAACGAUGGGAUAG